AGGCAUAACAAAGCGGAAUAAACUUAAGGGAUAUCGUUUCAGCCUAGUUCUUGAUAUUAUGAAACGGUUACUAUAGCAGCUUAGGGUAGACACGUUUCUUCACUUACUUUUUCAAGCACCCUUUCGGAAAUCCAAUUGGCGCUUGAAAAAGUCAAGUGACGAAAAACGUCCACCCUUAUGUGCUGUUUCAUAAUGGAUAUCUAGUCGUUUGAUACUAAACUUAUUCUUCAUAUUAAUUGGCUUGCGUUUGCCAACCAUCGAUCGGGACAUUUAAUGUACUUUUAACCUGGAUAACGAGUGGUACAGAAAGCUUGGUGGUGGGAAAAUGUUACGUUACGUCUAUUUUUGAAGAGCCUGGGAUGCGACUCUCGUUGCAAAUUAAACAUUAGCGAUCUAAAGAAAUUGCCGACAACUUAAAGCAUAUUUAGACGGCCGAAUUUUUAUUCAGCUGGCCACAGUUCUUAUUCGCCUUAAUCGUACUGCCGUUGGGUGUCUUGGCAUGUUCUAAAAAGGAAUCAUUUCGGUGCAAAUUGGCAUUUUGUCAAUUAAAAAGAGAAAAAGUGCGAUAAUGACAGCAUAUGUAAGGGAGUUUGCAGUUAUGCAAUCAUUAUUCAUUGCUACAUUAAAAUGGGAUAUAUAGAAUGAUAAAUAUCCACAUAAAUUCGUAUUCUGAGUGCACAGGCUGCAGGCUGCACCAUUUUGCACCUUUCCUACUUACGAUACCUGAAGAUACCUUCGACUUCUUCAGAUAAAUUGUUAUAUUUUACGGGAGGUAUGCAAAGCUCGAAUGCACCCAUUUGACAAGCACAUUUCUGAAAUGAAUGAGAAUUGAAAAGUGCGGCUGGAGCAGGCGGCUGGAGUGCGCCAUUUAUUGGUGUUUGAGUGCAAACGAAUGUGAACCGUAAUCUCACUGGAUCGUAUUUGGGUGGAAUUCAAAUACAUUUUAUCAAUAAUUUACGCUUCGAGUCAAUAAUUAAGUCGGUGAACAUAACAUAUACACAGAGGAAGCACUAAUGUGACUGGCGUGUCAUGGGGUAGUCCCAUGUGGUAUUGGGACGCCCGGCACUCUCCUAUGCUGGUGACCCUGGUGCCUGGUGCCGUCCGGCUGAUGCUGCUUCUGGUGCUGGUGUCUGAGUCGCACCAAUCACCAGCGAAGCACCGCUCCAAGAACAUCGUGCGCCUGCUGAACACUGCGGAGCACCAUCUGGACGAUGCCGCCAUCUGGCAGGUGGCCGAGUUCCUCUCCAACUACACUAGCCACCCCACUGAAGACGAUGUCAAUGCCUUGGACAUAAGUGUGCGACGGUUCAUCGCUGGGCCGGGGAAGUCAAAAGCCGAGAUCAUCUCCCACAAGUCGGUGCCCGUGAAGUCCGUCGACUCCAAGCAGGGCCAGCUGAAACUGACUAUCGAAAAGGUGCCAGAUGGGCCCAAACCGCACCGAACCAGCACCAAACGACCGCCGGCACCCGACCCAGCCGGCAUGGCGCCCAAUCAGAAAAAGGACGGAGACAAGGCCGGGAAUAAGGGAGGCAAGAAGGGCGACCAUCGCUCGGCCAAGCGGUCGCCGCGGUCGGCCGACGACCCGUUCUACUUCCUGCACCACCUGCGUCCCGAUCUGCCGGCGCUGAACAGAGUGCUGGCCGAGGAGCCGCCGGAGGAGCAGGGCGCCGACGAGGUGCCCUCCACGGUCCCGCCGCCCACCCCGAGCCCGCCAGCCGUCUCGGAGGAGCAGCGCCUGCAGACUCUCCUCAGAGCUAUGGUGGUGUACGGAGAGGCGGCCGAGGGCGACGAGGGCACACUGUCCGCCGUCAGACAACUCGUCGACGACGGAGUCGCAACGGUGGGGCCGAUAACGUUCCGUAAAGGACUGAGCAAUAUCGUCGAGGACAAGUCGAUUUUGAAGAACCGGCGCCGCCGGGAGGCUCGGAGUCCCGAUAUGUCGCGGUUUACCGACUUCAUGGGCAGAGAGAGGUACUCCCAGGAGCUGAUCAACAGCUUCCAGCCGGGCGGCAAGAGACAUCUGUCCAUCAAAAAGGAGCUCCGGGAGCCGAUUGACGUUGACCUGGCCGGAGUCGCCGUCAUGUCCGCCUCUCUCCGAAAGCGCAGCGCGCCGGAGACCGAGCUGCCCUCUGCCGGCCUGGACGAGCAGCUCUCCACGGCCGAGGUAGAUGGCGUCGGCCUCGACAUCAGUCGGCGACCGCAGCGCGGCGGCGGCUCAGAGACCAGCGGCGCCGCUGGGCAGCCCAGUGCCGCCACCUACGGCAGACGGCCGCUCCCGGCUCCGGCUCCGGCUCCGGCUCCGGCUCCGGCGCGGCGGCGGCGCAGCGCUCCGGGCACCCGCCGCGUGCUGGACGACAUCCGGAUCGCGCCCCAGCUGCCCGAUCUGAUGGAUCUCGAUCCGGAGGACGUGCUGGAGUCGGAGCAGAGCCCGCUGCUGCCGGUGCUGGUGACCUCCGGAGAGGAGGACCCGCUGGAGGUCACCGAGAGGGCAGCACUGGUGUUUGAAGAUACCGGUCAGCGGGAGACGUGGGGCCCCUGGGGCCGCUGGGGGCCGUGCUCAGUCACCUGCGGGCCCGGACAGAAGGCCCGCUACCGACACUGCGUGAUGGGCCCGCGCUGUGAGCCCGGGGAGAGGGAGUCCGACUUCAAACCGUGCUUCCGGAAGUCGUGUAGUAUGCCGGUACCGGACGGACUGGUGGACGCGUUCCGAUGAUUGAGUGCCGACUGCUGGCGUCUGUAGGACGUCGUGGUGUCGGCACGGUAAGUAGGUCGCCGAUGUUUACAGGAGUGAUCCAUAAAACAGGUGGUAUUGGUGAUGUCCUCGUCUGAUCACCGAUAACUGGAAAACAUGCAUAGUGCAUAUCACAAACUUGCGUAUGUUCGUUCAUCGCUCAGCAUACCCACCUUUGUAAAAGUAAUUGAAAAAUAAGAUUGAAAUACUGAUA